CGAUGGAUAUUUUUAGCCAGGCCCGCGUGUCCGUGACCAGCGGCUACUCCUGACCUUGACCCUGAGUUUUGACGAUCAGGUCACGUGGCUGUCGGAGGAGCAUAUUGAUGGGCGAUGCUGGGCCGAGCCCUCGAGCACGGGCUACCACCUCGCCCUGGAUACCAAGAUUACGUAAGCGCGGCGAGAAGAUCCUCCACAGCAAGUACGUGGUGAUCCUGGUCAUCAUCCUGACCGUGACGGACUGUGCUCUCGUCAUAGCUGAGCUCAUACUCGACCUGUACAGCGUCAAAAAAACCCUAGCAGCCACGGAGGACCAGAUGUUCAACUUCAUCAAGAGGGUCAAGGCCAACUACCCAGACGACACGUCGCCCAGCGAGUCGGUGACGUCAAUCUACGAGCGGCUUGCCAACGUCACCAUCUUAUGGAACAGCCCCUACGUCAGGAACCCCCAAGUCUUCAACCCCCAACUGACCCCUCUCGCCGACAGCAGCUCCGAACCCUCGUUAGUCAGCGCCCCCAGCACGCCUGCCGUCGUGGAACUCAGGACGAUGCCAGACCCGAGUUUUGUUCAGACCCUGGAGGUCCAGACGCCGCAGCAAGCUCCUCACUACAUCAACAGCCGCGUCCGGCGAUCUUCCAAAAGCAAUAUCCGACCCGGCGACCGGUCGCCGCACGAAAAUCACAGUUCUACAGCCGGCGACCGGUCGCUACACGAUAACCACAACGAAGCUCAAAAGAUAUUAAAAAACAUGCUACAACACGUCCGUAAACAUUGCCUCAGUGACGUCAUUGUUGCGGACGUCCACGCCCUAAACUCUCGUUUUUCACAGCGACACGACAACGACAAACAGCACAAACAGCAGCCUGACAGCAUACAGCAGCCUGACAGCAUACAGCAGCCCGACCACUUCAACAGCCAACAGGGAGAGGUCCUCACCAUAAUCCGCCAUCUUGAGGGGAUGAUGUACCUCUUCUUUAACCUCAGCGAGUACCUCACUAUGCAACCCAAGGAGUCGACUGUGACAGAUCUAGUGGUGGAAGAUUUCUUAGCUCAACUUGCGCACCAUCAGCCGUGGACGGCAGACUUACAUCACGUGACACCAGACUUACAUCACGUGACACCAGACUUACAAGCCGUGUUGACGGCAGACCUUGAGGCGACGGUCACGGCAGGCCAGAUGACGUCAUUGGCCGUGGACACGGAACCGGCUGAGAGUUUUUCGCCUGACCCAGCAGCCGUACCAGACCUAACGUCGGCGUCUUCAAGACUUCCUUCACGGCUCCACUCUACGGCACCACAGGCCCGGCCUGCGCCAACAUUUCCCCACCCCCGGGGUGAGUCUAGCGCCAGCACUACCUCGGGACAAAGCGACGACACCACGAACGUUCGCACACCAAAUGACGGUGGGGAUAUUUACUCUCCAGAACAUCAGCAUUGGCAAGACAUGCAGCAUGGGUCCGCCCGGGGGAGAGGCUCCAGGGCCAGGCGUGACGCCACGGACGAGGACAGCUCGACGACUGAGGUCCCGUCCCCCCCGGGCGUGGAUGAGGAGGUGGAGAAGAACAUGCGACGGGAGCUGCACCACAGCAAGGAGAUGGAGGUGGCCCACAAGCUGCACUACGCCAGUGUGUGUGUCGUCUCUAUCCUGCUCAUAGGGGUGACGAUGAAGAUUGUAUGUGCUGGUUCACAUUUCUCUAAACGUAAAAUCGAGGUGUUCGAUGCCCUUGUGAUCAUCGCCUCCUUCGCCGUUGACGUCAUCUUCAUCAAAGGUUUGGCCGAGUUUGCCGUCGACGACUCCAUCUUUGUUUUGGUCUUCUUGUUGCCAUGGAGAGUCAUUCGAGUGGUCAACAGUCUUGUGAUGGCUGUGAUUGACCACGAGCAUGUCAAGCUGAGGCUGCUGUACUCACGCAAGAAGAAGCUGGACAAGACGGUGGACACGCUCAGGAACGAGACGGAUGAGUUGAAGGGCAUGUUACAAGACAUUCGUCAGUUCUGUAUCAAGGAGGGAAUUGAUGCCAGUCACAUCGAUAGUAUGCUAGGUAAGUUCGCGCCCCGCCGCAGAAAGGAUUCCAAGUUCUACACGCUGGUCAAGCUGGUCAUGAGCACGGCCUCCAUGAACAACAACGACAACGACUCCAUCAGCAGCUCGUCCAUGGAGAACGACAUCCGCCACAUAGCCACGCGCGACAGCGUCAUGACGGACGCGGCCAGUGCUGACGGCACUCUCUCCUCGCUCAAGAACUACAUGUCUGUGCCGUUCUGCUCGCCCAAAACACAUUCCAUCUCCGACAUUGAGAGCAUCGGCGGCGACCUGCCCAACCCCAGCCCCAGCAUCUUCGUCACCUCCCCAGCCAGCGACGACGACAACGCCACCUUUUCGUUUUGCGACGUGGAGAUGGAGAGCUCGGAGGUGGGGCAGAGAGAGGCGCCGGAGUCCAUCCCCGAGGAGGGGCCCGCUGCGACCUUGACCGUCAGCUCCAACACGCUGCAGGGCGGCAACGUCAACACGGUGGCGUUCUACGUGGGGAGCCAGACGUCGCUGGACUACCUCUCCCAGGAGAACCUGCUGCAGGACAACGAUAACUCGCUCUCUCACCUGGCGCUAGGGGGCGCUUACGGUGGAGCGGGGGUGGAGCAUGUGGUGGACGCCAACAAAAACAUGUCCUUCCACCACAACUUCGGCCAGUUCCUGACCGUCCCGCCGUGCACCAUACUCCUGCCGGCACCGCCGAAAGACGACAGCACCACCAGCAGCAACAACAACAUCAACCACAACAACAACCACGACAGCAGCCACGCCCACGACUCCCCCACCCCCCACACGCCGCUGCUGUCGCGGGCGGGGAAGGCCAGCCCUGAGAUGCGCCGCUCCGCCUCUGACCACAUCGACGUCACCUCCUCCCUGACCUACUCCGCCAUCGGGGCCCACCACCACACGUUCUACGGCAGCCCCGUCCCCGCGCGCAGAAGGCCGGACCUCAAGGCCAAGAGGAGGGAGUACGCAAGGUCAAGGUCAGAGUCGGAAGACAGGGAUGUCGUGACUCUCCUGCGGCCUGACGCCAAAGCGCGUUUUCGGCGUCACAGCGGUGAGCCCCGCAGUAAAAGAUCCGCGGACACGAAGCAGACGACGCCCCCCGCCACCUCGCUGCUGUCCCUGCCAGACCAGGGCGGCAUGACCUACUCGUCCUCAAGGUCAAUGAAUGACGUCAGCUCGGCCGGCCACCAGCAGGGCAACAACAUGAUCCGCGAGGGCCCCAUCUUGCGACGCUCCUGUCUCAGCCUCAAUAGCGAGGGCAGGAAGCGGCGCACCAAAUCUCCUCACAGAGUCAGCUUCAAGGUCUCAUAGCGUCGGUGUGACGCUUGAAAUCUUCAGCUUCAAGGUCUCAUAGCAACGCUUUAAAUGUUCAGGUUCAAUGCGUCAGUGUGACGCUUAAAAUGUUCAAUUUCAAGGCGUCAUAGCGACGCAUGACAUUUUGUUUGGAGGCGACACAGUGACCAGUGUUUAUGUUUGAAGCUGUUAAAAGAUCUGAAAAUCUCGCCAUUCGGAGAGUGUUUGAUGUAGUUAAACUGUUUCUGCUGUUUGUUCAGAGAGCACGGAUCUUGAGGCUAGAAUAUUGUACACAACUUGGACACAGUCGUCCUUAUUAUUGCCAAAAUUAGCAUCGCCAUGUGUGUGCUGCUUCUAGGUUGUAUAACGUGCAUUGUUGUAUAACAUUUAGUGUUAUAUAACAUCCAAUG